CUCUUCAAGGAGACACAUUGGGAAAUUUGGGAUCCAUCCUGGGAAUAAAUGUCUGUCAUCCACAGCCUGCAGGAUUCGCAGGACACCUUAGUUCCAUGCGUAAAUGAGCUGAAGAGCUCAAUGAAAGCCUGAAGAAGUGUCAAACAUUUGAAUCAGCUCCUUCUCCCCAUUCUUGUUAGAUACUUCGAAGUAUCAAUACUGAUUUUAUAUAUGACCUCUAAGAAAAUAUUGUCAGAAUCCUCCCUCCUCCUUCCCCCCCCCCGAACAUUACACAUACAAGCCAACCAAAUGAAAUGCCCCGCGUCACCAUGACAGUUAUACUAGAACACACGACUAAGGCUACGCCAUGGCAUAGCAGGGGACUUCUUUGUCUACGUCACACCCAAGAAACCCAUCAGUACAUGCAUCUGCAGCCUUGAUUCAGAUCUGUCAAACUAAAAAAUAAUAAAAUAUCCAACCUGCUGUCAUGUAUCUAAUGCCCAGCAAGCUAGAACGGCCAACAGGACAGCGGGCCAGAGCCCAGCAGACUGUCCGUGCCUGCCAAACUGUCCUAUAAGGCUUAAAAGGGAUAUAAACCAUAAAUCCCUCUGAACAGUUAGUUAAACUUAGAUUCUGAUUCUCCGGCUGUAUGUAGAAGAAGCACACAGCCAGAAGGCCAGGUACUGAGAACCACAGCAGGAAAAGUUGACACAGAAGUGACAGAAGCCAAAAACAGUGCUGAAACUGGGGGCACGUCAGUGUUCGGCAGUGUGUGCAUAACCCGCGCCAGUUCAGUGUUCCACCAUAUGCAUUAACCCGCGCGCCAGUUCAGUGUUCUGCAGUGUGCAUCAACCCGCGUUAGUUCAGUGUUCUGCAGUAUGCAUUAACCCCCACGCCAGUUCAGUGUUCUGCAGUGUGCACAAAUUGUGAGAAAGAUGGCCACCAGAUUCCCUUGAAAACCAGAAUCCCAGUUCCAGGCAAAGGUAAAAAGCUGUGCACUUACAAGGCACAAACUGUGCCGAGCCGACAGUGAAUGGAUUGACACAACCGUGUUGUGAGAGUUGUGAGAGUCGUGAACCAGACGGUGUCACACACGGACCAACACGCUACGACUGUCAUAUAUAGCCCCAGGUAUCAUACCGUGAAUCUCGUGCGCGAUCCUGAUUAAUCAGGUGCAGGAAUCAGCCAGCCGCCUGAUGAUAGAGACCGACCAAACAGGCGACAUCAGGGCAACUUUUGUCCAGUCCCGCUAGAUGAUUCAAAGUUUAGCAGUUGAUGUUUAAGCUUCCAGUUUAAUUUCUAAAGAGAGAACACUGGAUGCUCCUCAGGAGCAGGACAAGACAUUCUCACCUGGCAGAUGUCUUCCACAUGCUCAGCUGCACCUGACGUUGUCACAUGAAGGUACUGCAAAAGAGCAGUGUCAUCACAUGGAGGUACUGCAAAAGCGGAGUGUCGUCACAUGAAGGUACUGCAAAAGAGCAGUGUCGUCACAUGAAGGUACUGCAAAAGAGCAGUGUUGCGGAACCCAUGACUGCCGAUCUGCUGCGCCUGGAGUCGUCGCACGAAGAUACUGUAAGAGCAGUGCUGCGGACUCCGUGAUUGCCGACGUACGGACACCAACACAUACCACCUCUUCUGCGGACUCCGUGAUUGCCGACGUACGGACACCAACACAUACCACCUCUUUCACAGAUCUCUAUGCCUUGAUAAGAACUGGGAAAUUCUUUCAAAUUCAACCAUCUCUCCAGCUAAGGCUCUCAAAGUGAAGAUCCGGCAGCGAUCGCAGAUGCAGACAAGUCUCCCUCGAAGAGGUACAUCCAAAGUCGUAUAGUCCAAAUGCUCCAGAAGUUCCAAACAUAUUCCCAGCAAUGAAGUGGGUCCGUGGGAGGUGAUCUCCUCCCCCCUUUCAUCUUCCCACACAUUUGUGCUUUCCCACCCCUUUAAUCUUUGAAAGGGUUCUUAUUUCGGCAUCUGAUUCAUCACCCUUUGACAAACAUGUUCAGCCAUAACCUCCUGAAUCUGUACGCAGUUCUGCAGGCUCCAAGGGUCGACGGCCUAGCCCAGUUAAUUUCACACGCAAGUGGGGCCUUCAGGAGGUCAUGGGUUCAAUUCCCCAACAGCCGCCUGCAGCAUGCUUGGUGCUCACCCGCAAGGAUGUCUGUCUGAAAUUCUGAAUGAGGUACCACAGUUGAGCAGAUUUGCAGGACACCUUACGAAUCUCAGUAAAUGGGCAGAAGGAUCCAAACAAACUCCGCACUUUAGC